GAUUUGAGCUGUCGACAUCCCACUUGAUAUCUUGAGUGAGAGUUUGGGAUUAUUCGUUGGAUAUUAGGGAGUCAUUAAUGGCUGUUACAGUUGAUUCGUCGAUUUUUAGGUCGGUGGAACCGCUAUUUAUGGACAUGAGGUGAUUAAUUGGUCCUCAUUAGCAGUUUAUAGGAUGUUGAAGUAGGCCCAUGGGAGUUAAUAACAUGUACUUCACUCACAUCCCUGUCAGGCAAUUAUUCACCCCCCAGGACAACCCCGAAGGUCCCUAAUCCCACCCGAAGUGAGUUUUUUUCGCAUUUAUUAUUUUUUUAAAAGCGAGUAAACGAAAUAAAUGAGAUAUUUUCGUAGAAUUUUCGCUGCAUAAAGAGAGAAAAAAUUCUCUUUGUUAUCAGUGAAUAAGAAUAGAGUUGGGGUCCGGAAUGGGGCGGAAGUAAACACCCUUUUGUUGAACGUAAAAUAGGCGAAAAAGAGGCGGAAACGAGGGGAAAAAAUAACAUUUUUUUUUCCAAUAGGGUAAUGGGGUAAUCGGAUAAAGCCGGUAACCUUCGUGUGAUACAUUUUGUCGACGGCUCGUUUGCAUUGAAAGGGAGAGGCGUGGUUGGUACUGGAUGCACCUUCAUUUCACUGGUUUAUGCUAGACGUAGGUCUAGCUGUGACAUUAAAGUCAUAACACCAGAUAAAGCAACACCGACAUGAUGAUGUUUCAUUAGGUGGACAUUUUUUUUCAGCUUUACACGAAGAGAAUUUUUUUUUAACCAGAAAAAAUAUUUCGCGGUGAAGUAAUGGGGACAGAGUGCGGUCCGGAGAUGCCGUGAUAAUUAAUUUUUUACCGUUCAUUUGUUAAUUUAUCAUCGCUCUCCCGCUAUUUUGUUGAGGUCAUUCCCUUCCCGAGAUAUCAUAUAUUCGUGAUUAAAAAGGGAAAAUACAUUUUUAUAUUUUGUAUGAAUUUUUUGAGUCAUUCAAUGACAAAUUUUCCUUCUCGGGCGUUUUUUUGUGAAUUAAUUAUCGAGUGCGAUCGGUGGUCGAAUUUUCUGAACUUAGAAGUUCAGCAAAUUAAUCUCAUCUUCACGCCAGUUUUGGAGAUUAUAGGGGGGUUCGUUAGGGAGGGGUAAGGCAUUACCUGGAGAACGUGGUUAACGGGACCAGGGGGAGGAGGUGGCUCCAGGAGAUCCAGGAGCCGAGAAAAACGUGAAAAACGAAAAAAAAUCGGUUUUAUAUAUUCCCGGAGGCUUUAUCGACUGCAAACAUCGAUAUUAGUGUCAACAUCUAGCGUCUGGAGGCAGCACCUGGUGGACGAAUAGUCACCUAGAGAUUACCCGUGAUGCCUCACGAUGGGGUUUGAAAAUAUUCUGAGAUUGUUGGUGCACAGUUACGUAAGGAAAACUCGGCUUUGAAGAAGAAUUAUGAGGUGAUAAGAGAUGUUACCACCAGUGACUCUGGUUUUGUAACGUGCAAGUGUUGGACAGUGGAUGCAGCCAGCUCCGAUCGAUUGACACUUCCCUUGUAAAUCAAAAUGUCACGCUGUCAUUACCAUAACUCUUGUUGACAAGUCUGAUAUUGAUGGAAUCCUUCAUCUGUGGCACAUUAUGUAGUAUUUAUUUACAAUUGUGAGGAUGAACGAGAGCAAACACACGAUAUGCAUGGUCUCAGACUUUUUCUACCCAAACAUGGGAGGAGUCGAAGAGCACAUCUUCAACCUGUCGCAGUGUUUAAUAGGUCGUGGCCACAAAGUCGUUGUUCUCACCCACUCCUACAGUGAUCGUGUUGGUGUUCGUUACAUGACAAAUGGCCUGAAAGUUUACUACUUACCAAUUACAGUUUUCUACAAUCAGUGUGUACUUCCAACGAUGAUAUGCUCCAUUCCCCUGAUUCGUUACAUAUUUAUUCGUGAAAAAAUUGCGAUUAUUCACGGACACUCGGCAUUCUCAGCCCUUGCACACGAGGGAAUGUUGGUGGGACGAUUGAUGGGACUGAAGACAGUCUUCACUGAUCACUCAUUGUUUGGUUUUGCUGAUGCUUCAGCUGUUCUCACGAAUAAGUGCCUGGAGAUAUCGUUGGCCGAUUGCAAUCACUGCAUCUGUGUGUCACACACAGGGAAGGAGAAUACAGUCCUGAGGGCCAAGGUCAAUAGGGAGAGAGUCUCAGUGAUUCCAAAUGCUGUCGACACCGCUCUGUUCGUUCCUGAUAUCACGAAGCGAAAGAGCAAUUGUAUAACUAUUGUCGUGGUGUCAAGAUUGGUUUAUCGAAAGGGAGUAGAUCUUCUCGCCCAGAUUAUUCCUGAGAUUUGUGCUAGACACGAGAAUGUUCAGUUCUUGAUUGGAGGUGAUGGACCCAAACGGUGGCUCAUCGAGGAGAUCAGGGAGAGAAAUUUACUUCAACAUCGGGUUACGUUACUUGGGAGCUUGGAGCACUCACAAGUGAGACAUGUCCUGAAUAAAGGACAUAUUUUCUUGAAUACCAGCUUGACAGAGGCGUACUGCAUGGCGAUUGUGGAAGCUGCUUCUUGUGGCCUCCAGGUGGUAUCAACCAAAGUAGGAGGCAUCCCCGAAGUCUUGCCACCAGAAUUGAUUUACCUCGUCGAACCCACUGUCGAUGCACUUCUGAAAGGACUGGAGACAGCGAUCGCUGAUUAUAAGAGGGGCAACAUAAUCUGUCCAUUUGAGGUGCACGAAAAAAUCGUCUCGUUUUAUAACUGGUACGACGUCACUAGGAGGACUGAGAUUGUGUACGAUGCGGUUCAGAGAGAGGAUCAGAAGACACUGGGACAUCAAUUAGCAAGUUACUUGUCCAGUGGAGUGCUUCCGUAUUUGCUGGUUGUAUCCCUCUGCUACAUUGUGCUGCAGUUUUUGGAGUAUUUUGUUCCUAGAAAGUAUAUUGAUAUUGCCAAAGACUACAGCCACUCGAAUUUUCACGUGCAGCCAAAGAACGAGAAACGUAAGGGAAAAACAAUGCAAUAUUGAGGAGCACUUGCCAUACAGGACAACUAAAUGAAAGUAUUCAGAGUAUCACAAGUGUUAAGUACGUAUCGUAAUCGUGCUUACCAAUCAAGAUAUUUCAUGCCAACAGAUAAGAAAUUAAAAACUAAUCAAGAAUCAACCAAUCUUAGAUAGUAAUGAUAUUUGAAUGUGAAGCGAGGAAAAUUUCAAUGAGAUUUUCACAUUUUUGUACAUAAAACGUUGUUACGUCUUCAAAUAUUAUAUUAUGAUCAGUCACAGAAACCAAACAACGAGACAAUACUGGCGGUCCAAAGAGUGGGCAUUUAUCGGUCGAACUAUCCUAGGUUUUCAAUAUUGUUGGGGUUACCUGAGUUAGUUAGUAAAAAAAACUACUGUAAAUGGAGGUAGUAUUUAGUUUAGCAAUUGAAAUAUUUUUUCUCCGAUGUGUAAAGACAUGUGGAAGAGAUUUUUCUUUAAGUAGCGUGUGAAUCCUCAAGCAGCCAAUAGAGAAUAGUAACACACAAUUUUUUAUAAAUUUUCUUCCGUCUUCUCUUUCACGUAAAUGUUUAUAUAUUCUAAAAAAUACAGGUCGAUGAAAUUUAGUUUUUUGGUUUAGAAAAAUGUUUUUUUCCUUUCAAAACCAUCUAAUAUAAUUUUUUAAAUUGAUUUUUAGUCUUUUUCUUUUGCAUGAAUAUCUAAAUUGUUUAUACUAUUCUUGAAGUAAUUAUAGUGUAAGAGCUUAUGGUUUUUAGUUUUUUUAGUCAUUUUUUUGCCCGAAAAAAUUAAUAUUAGUGAAUUUGUCGUAUUCUCUCUGUUAAGUUUUCAUCCCAACAAAAUAUUCAGUGGAAUUCCAAAGAGAUUUCUGCCAGGAUGUCUUCUACACGUUUAUUCUUCAUUUAUGCCAUUACAUCGUAAAUGUUUGCCAAAGGUUAUCACUACUAGUGUAUUUUAUUUGCCGAAUCAAUUUUCACGAGGAAAUUAGGGCAGAAUAACCCGAGAGCAGGCUUUGAAAUUGAUGUUUGCGUAAUAAAGAAUUGUCUAUUGAAUAUUAAUAAUAAUAUUGUUGAAUUACAUUCCGAUAAAUCAAGUACAAAAGAAGAAAAAAUAUUUAUCGCCGAAGAGUACAAUUUCAGAGGGAAAGUCCGUUCAAGUCUACGAUUAAUCAAAUUUUUUGGAUAAGAAAUUUUUUCCUCGGUUUCAAGUACAGAUAAAGUUUGUUAUUUGGAAACGAGAACAUUUUUUGUAAUUUUUUUACAGGAGAAAUUAUUUUUCAACGGAAUAUAAUUGAAGUGAUAAUUCCUUCAAUUUCUUACCAUGAAUUCCCCCAUUAAAAAUUAUGUGCUCAUUAAAAAAAUUUUUUUUGUAAGUGUGUUCGAUCCACGAACAAAAUACGAAAAUUGGAUGUGCCUCAGAGAAUAAUAAAAUUGUAUUUACAAUUACAUAA